GCGCUGCCUCCUUUGAAUACUCCGACGUCACCACCCACUGCUUCUUCGCUGCUUGCUUUAAAUAGUCUCCGACGUCACCAAGCUCUCCUCUCUUCUUUCUUCUCUCUCGCUACCUGCCAUCUUCCCUUGUCGCUAUCCUCUUUCUCGUGCCCUCUGGUCCGGGAGGACCGGCACCGGUUGUCUUCGCCUCCGAUUCGCCCCUCUCCACUGCGAACCCUAACCCUAGAUCGGCUUCGCCCUCCGUUCUGCUUCGAGACUGGGGUUCUCGGAGCAGGGAUGGAGGAUUAGGACUCGGAUCGAGCUCCAGGGAAGCCGGUCAUGGCCGGAGAACGCUGAUCUUUUCAAGCAGUGUGGUUGGGGUUAGGGUUUAUAGAUGUCUGUUGCUGAGCUGAAGGAGCGGCAUAUCGCCGCGACGGCGACCGUGAACGCUCUGCGAGAGCGGUUGAAGCAGAGGAGGCAGGCGCUUCUCGACACCGAUGUUGCUGGAUAUGCUAGGAGCCAUGGGAAAACCGCGAUUUGCUUUGGCUCCACGGAUCUGGUUUGCUGUAGGACCUUGCAGGGUCAUACGGGGAAGGUCUAUUCAUUGGAUUGGACUCUUGAAAGGAAUCGGAUUGUUAGCGCUUCUCAAGAUGGGAGAUUAAUUGUAUGGAAUGCCUUAACAAGCCAGAAAACACAUGCCAUAAAGCUUCAUUGUGCAUGGGUCAUGACAUGUGCCUUUGCUCCCAAUGGUCAAUCUGUUGCAUGUGGUGGUCUUGAUAGCGCAUGCUCUAUUUUCAAUCUCAAUUCUCAAGUCGAUAGAGAUGGGAACAUACCAAUAUCAAGAAUACUUACUGGGCACAAGGGCUAUGUAUCAUCAUGUCAGUUUGUUCCAGAUCAGGAAACUCGGCUAAUUACCAGCUCAGGUGAUCAGACAUGUGUUUUGUGGGAUGUUACUACUGGUCAGAGGAUUUCCGUCUUUGGAGGUGAAUUUCCAUCAGGACACACAACUGAUGUAUUGAGUGUCUCAAUCAACUCUUCAAAUUCAAAUAUGUUUGUCUCUGGUUCAUGUGAUGCUACUGCUCGACUGUGGGAUACUCGUAUUGCUAGUCGAGCAGUUCGAACAUAUCACGGUCAUGAGGGGGAUGUUAAUGCUGUCAAGUUCUUUCCUGAUGGACAAAGAUUUGGGACUGGCUCUAAUGAUGGCACAUGCCGGUUAUUUGAUAUGAGGACAGGACAUCAACUUCAAAUUUAUAGUCAACAGCAUGGCAAUAAUGAUAAUGAUGUUCCCAUUGCAACAUCCAUUGCCUUCUCAAUAUCGGGUAGACUCCUCUUUGCUGGAUACUCCAAUGGUGAUUGUUAUGCAUGGGAUACACUGGUAGCUGAGGUAGUCCUGAAUUUGGGAAGUCUACAAAACUCUCAUGAGGGUCGCAUAAGCUGCCUAGGUUUGUCAGCUGAUGGGAGUGCCUUAUGCACGGGAAGCUGGGACAAAAACCUAAAGAAUCAUAUCAACAGAAGCCUUUAGAGUUAUGUUCAGGGUGCGGCAUGACUGGAAAUGCAGCUUCUAUUACUUCCACGAUGAGUUGUAUCAUAUCUUUGGUGAAUGUCUUGAAAAUAAAAUUUGUUUUGCCUUUUCAUUUGGAAGUUUGUUUCUGGCUGUUUAGAAGAAUCUUACCUACUUUCAAACUAGAACUACAAAAUGUGGCUCAGGUGCCUAGGGUCUCUCUGGUCACUCCAGCUGGAUGCCUCUGUUUUCCUGUUUACAACUGAGGAGUGAAUUCUUUUCCUUUCUCCCUCUCUCUCUCUCUCUUGCUAUCAACCCUUGGGUGAAUAUUCAUUAUCAAUUUCAGCCUUUUAGCUAGCAAGUGCAUUUCAACCAGUCUAGCUAGCUUGAAAUCUGAAUGAGUUUGGUAUUGGUGCCUAGAGGUUGGCUUGAUUACAUGGGCAUGUCUCAGUUUCCAAAUCUGCUAGGUGAUUAUUAUCUUGUUCUACCCAUUUAUCCUAUCCCCUUCAUUGCUUUCUUGAUCUCAAAAUUCUUUCCUCUAAAGGCAUGGUAAUGGGUGAUGGGCCUGAUAGCAGUGCCGGUAUACCAAUACUUUUCUUCUCCAUGUCGUUGCUUCUUUCUAUCUACAUCUUCCAUAUUCUAUGACAAGAUCAACAUCUUGAGAACUUGAUUAUCAGACUCAAUAUUCCAGCUGAUUGAUUCAAACCUCUGUUUGAUACCUUAUAACAGUUUCAAGCUUUAAGUCAUUCAAAAUAAAUUCCAAACAUUUAACAUUAUUCGUUUCUCUUGUGAGAUUGAAUCUUUUCCAGUUCUACAAAGAUGAUGGUUCAAAUUCUACAGAACUCAGCCUUUA